AUGCCGAAAUUCUUCUGCGACUAUUGCGAUGUCUACCUCACUCACGAUUCCAUGAGUGUGCGUAAAGCGCACAACAGCGGUCGUAAUCAUCUUCGCAAUGUCGUCGACUACUACCAGCAAAUCGGCCACGAAAAGGCGCAGUCAGUCAUCGACAGUAUCACGAGCAGCUAUGCUGCU